AUGGGGAAUGCUUGCACCUACGGCGACGCCGACCCACAUGACAGCGUUCUGGUGCAGCGACAGAGAUGCGAGGGGUCAGCACAACAAGCCUCGCCGCAAACGCAGCCGUCGUUCGGCCACGAGAGCGAUAGAGGACCUCGGGAGGUCCGAGGGAUCACAGGCACUGUCACGGAAGGUCUUCUUCGCGUCUCCUCCGUGCUCGACGUCCAGGUGGAUUGCCAACCAGAGUGUCAACCUUACCGGUCAACGCCGUCACCUUGCCACGUACAGCGGCCGAUUGCUCUCCGCCGCUCACGGGUGUGCUGUGAAAAGAUCGUUCAGGACCCUGCGGGCGGCCACCACUCUGUUUUUAACCUUGCCGGGAGUAUGCUUCACCGGGAAGGUAUCUUGACCUCUCCUUCGACCAUCCCAGAGCCUGGAUGCAACAGCUGCUCCAAAGUUGACGCGGCGCGCUUCACGGAAGCUGACUGGCUGGCCGCCGCAGAGCCUGUCAUUGAACUGGGUCAUUUUGAGACAAAUGAACUGAUCGGGUUCUUCGAAGAUUAUAUCUUGCCGAUCUAUCCUUGCGUGGAGAUGAGUACGGUCAAAAAUAUUGUCGAAACAAUAUUUCACCUCGCAGAGCUAGGUUGUGUCUCUUCAGCGCAGCCUCUUCCCUACAUUCUAAGUGAAAAACGUAUCAAACUUCUGAAAAUUCUACUUGAAGUUGCAUUGCUAUUCAAGGGAGUUCGAGAAGGAUCAAUACCUAAAGGCUUAGAGGGUCCAAAAGUUGAUAUGAUGGAAGGAAAUGUGGCCGAAGACCCCGAAAUCGACGACGUGGUUUUCCUUACUCUUACGACCAUUUAUUUAAUACAUCGGGAGCAGAUUGUUAGGGCGUGGCGCCUGAUCAGUCGUGUCACUAGGAUGUGCCUGGAGCUAGGCCUUCAUGAGACACGCCAUAUUGGGCGGCGUGGUGGAGGACGCGACAACCCUGAUUUCCGGCAGAUUCUCUUCUGCUGUGUCAAUGUGUUAGACCGGCAAGUCAGUGUAGCAACGGGACUGCCUGUUUCAAUACCUGAAGAUCAGCCGGAUCCUGACUGUCUUGAGCUGGGAGCUGCUCAACCCUUUCUAUCGGCGAUGGUAGAGUAUUAUCGGAUAUGCUUCGCCGCCUCUCGGAUCAUGGGCGGCAAACCAUCAAACGAGGGUUCAAGGCGGAAUGAAUCCCAGCAUUUGGACUCCAGGGUUCGGGAGGUACGCGACGAUUUCACGUUACUACUCCAGCAAAGGACCAAGACAGCUCCUCUGGAGCGGCGAACAACUGAGCGUCCUCUCGCCAUUCUGCAAACCAUGCUUCAUGCCAGAGUCAACCACUUACGAAUGGCCCUGCGCAAGGAGCAAAUAAGUUCUGCUCAGAACGCAAGGGACCACCGAGACACGGCGGAUAUUGCUCUGAAACUCGCCAAAGACACAAUUUCUGCCUGUUGUGGGAUUCGGAACCGUGGCUGUUUCCCUCGAGGUUUCCAUUCCUUCUUCGUUUAUUUUGUCAUGUCCGCCGUGGCAGUGAUAACCUCAAUCUUCCCCGCUCUGUCCCCUUCGGACCAAGACCUCUAUCACGUAUCCUUGCAAGAUGCCAUCAGGUUUAUUGAUAAUUCGUCUCGUUCGUCACCAAAUUCACAAUACAGCUGGUUUGAUUUGAAAACUUUGAAAGAAUACUGCCAUGUCCUCAAACAACAACGUUCUGAGACCAUCAAUCUCAACUUUGACCCACAGUUCAGUGAACUGGAUAUGGAUUCAUUUUCUUUGAUGGAUUUUGGGGAUAGGUGGUGGGAUGAGGGUUCCUCCCUCAUCGAAACUACGGCACCUCCAGACCCAACUCACGACUUGGGGUUGCUUGGUUGUGCACUUAUGGUCGAUGCAAAUCAGCGUCAUUCGCCAGGAGAGGGCUCUACUCAAAACUGA